GUACUGAUGAUAUUGUGGGUCCUGAAGGCAUGGAGAAAUUUUGUGAAGACAUUGGCGUGGAACCAGAAAAUGUAGUUAUGCUUGUCCUCGCUUGGAAAUUGGAUGCACAAAACAUGGGCUACUUUACUCUACAGGAAUGGCUAAAAGGAAUGACUUCUCUACAAUGUGAUACAACAGAACGACUCAGAAAUACUUUGGAUUACUUAAGAUCAUUAUUAAAUGAUUCUACAAACUUUAAGCUUAUUUACAGAUAUGCGUUUGACUUUGCACGGGAAAAGGACCAGCGCAGCCUAGACAUAAACACUGCCAAGUGCAUGUUGGGACUGUUAUUAGGAAAAAUCUGGCCCCUUUUUCCAGUUUUUCACCAAUUCUUAGAGCAAUCAAAAUAUAAAGUCAUUAACAAAGACCAGUGGUGCAAUGUGCUCGAGUUCAGCAGAACAAUUAAUCUUGACCUCAGCAACUAUGAUGAAGACGGAGCAUGGCCAGUCUUGUUGGACGAGUUUGUGGAGUGGUAUAAAGACAAGCAGAUGUCCUAGGACUUUAUGCAUAGCAGCGAGAGAGUCACUGUUACCACAGUUAUGUCACCCAUUAGCCAUAAAUUGCUGUUUGUAUCAAAGCGCAUGCUGCUUUUCUUGCACUGUCUCCCUUUCCCAGGGAUGUUUUGGUGUUUGCUAUUGAAUGGGCCAGCUCUGCUUGCUGUGUAGCAUUGUUCUCUUGGAAGGCUGCUUUGCAGUUUGUAUUUAUACUACAGAUUGGUGAAUUUGCCAACGUCCUCACUGUGAUUAUGUGUAUAUUGCUGUUUAAAUUUUGUAUAUGUGUAUAAAAAGAAAAAGCUUCACCU